AAGCACGACGUGGUACCGCUCUCUCCUGCCAAAUCUAGUCCAGAAUCUCAAUCCUCCUCCAAAAUAAUCAUCAUCAUACUUUAUUGUCGCAAAGUUUUGAAUAAUAAAGUCUCAUUUUUUCCCCACAUUUGUCUCAGCCGAGUGGGUUACUUCAUUUCAUGGAGAUUGAUUCCAGCGUCAUUAGUCCUCUCUCCAGGCUACACUUUGGAGAAUGACAUGAUUUCUUGUUAGGAGUCUUCUUGCGCUGUGGGGAUGAAAAAGUCUCCACUUCCGUGACAUCGGCUUUAAUAACUUUUGGUGAAAGUUGAACUUUCAACGGGGACUGAGGACAGUAGUAGUGUUGAGCUUGUGACUGUAUUACGUAUUUAGGAUUGUAAGUAUUCAUAUGUGUGUGUGCGUGUGUGUAUCAUCAACUUUUCGGUGGAAAUUGAACUUAUUGCAUACUUUGAGAAGAAGUGAAAGUCUUGGGUGUGAAGUGAAGAUUUUAUCUAAAAAUAGUUACAUCUUCCCAAUCUGAACUCAUCUUUUUGGACGGACAAUCACCAAAACAAGCUGUUCCCGACCAUGUCUCCAGUGGACGUGUCGACACGUCCGCCCGCACCCAACCCAAACCACCGUCAAUGUCAAGUAGAAGUUUAACGAAAUGAUGACAAGCCUAAAACCACCUCAGUCUCGGUCUAAUUAUCCAGUCGGGAUAAAGCAAGUGAACCAAACUAUAACGACCAAAACUAACCAAACCCGACCUGUUUUAUAGUCAUUCAUCUCCUCCUUGUGUGUGCAUCGUUCGUUUCGUAGUGAAAGUCACGAUGCAGCCAUAGCUUUCUCUCUUCCCAAGCCAGCCAUAGUACUCGCAACGAAUGCUAAAUACGGUCGGAUUAAGGGAUUAAAUUAAGUCGGAUCCACUUCAUCAUCAUCGCCCACGAACGUAACGCAUCGUCGCGACCACCAACACCACAAAAACAUGAAGACUGACCACUCCAAAGUGAUGUUAUUGUACGAAAUAGUUCCCCUCUUGGUGAUCACCUUUGCGCCCAGGUCGUCCUCCGACUUCAAUGUCAUCCUCCCCGAGCUGUGUUCUGCCCCUGGACGGCUUAAUCUGACUUGGAUUGAGAGCAUGGUGCGGUUGGGGAUAAGAGAGGAGCAGGCUCAUCAUGCCCUCAACAUUUGGGGGACGAAAGAAAUCUGUGAUGGAAGUAACGGACUUUUGCAAUUUAUUUCGGUUGCGCAAUCGGCCCCUUCAAGUCGGAUGAUUGCCUCCCUCCAGGAACCACUUUGUCCUUCGGCUUCAACUUUUGCAAGGAUCAACAAACGACAGUUGGUGUCCUGGACGUGUUCUCAGAUGCCUGGAGUCCAGUCCAUGAAGCCCGACUUGGCCGAAGUCAGUUUAGCCAUUCAACGCAUGCUGAACUAUACGGGAUGGGAAAAUGUAGCCCUUACAAAGUCACGAUAUGAUCGCAGCCCGUAUUGUGACGAUGUCGGAGCUUAUUUGUUGAGUGAAAUUAGAAAUUUUUCAUCAAACAAUGCAUCCUCCUCUUCUGCUCCUGGGGUACUUCUAUUGGGCAAUUUUGAGGACUUGGAUCAGUACGAGGCGCUGUCUUUCAACAGCAAUUUGGAUGGAUUGUUUCUCUGCAUCUCGUACGAUUACGGAUUUACGAAUAAUUUGUCGCUGAUUGGUGACCGGGGAAGGCUGAGUAGCAGCACCGUUCCGACCGUUCUUCUCCCCCAGUGGCCACUUCCGGUCGAGUUCUUCUCUCCAGAAACACCCACGCUUGCAGUUGUGGCGGAUUCGCAUCCAAGAAGCACCCAAACCACGAGCUCGUUUGAUUUCCAGCAAAAAAACUGGGACCCUUUGGACACAACAGUGGAAAACAUUUUGCCACAUAAAUUACUGGAAACUCUCCUGGCACAAAUGGUCGUUCGGGCUGUCAAGCUCUCGAUCGAGUUGGACCGCAAAGAGCAUCCUCCGCGACAUGGCGUUGGUACCGGUGGAUCUGUUCCUGGUGGUGGAAAGCAUGGCGAAAACAGCGACUUGUUCCAUGACCGUCACCAGUUUUUGUUUUCCGUCCUCCAGUUUGAAAAGUCCAGGUGGCACCCCUUAAUAAACUUGGUUAAUGGAGAAAAGCACUUUAGUUCCAAAGGACCUCCGGGAAUUCACCGCCGCAGCUACUUCAGAAAAGGGGCUCAUUCCACCGGCCGUGAUGGGACAGGGCUGCGGGGCGAAGGUGCAGACAGGAGUGGGACAGACCUCAAGCGGAGGGAGGAUUACCUGCUGACAUGGUUCCAAAUCGUUUUGGCAAUGGUUACGACCGGAGUUGUGGCUUUUGGUCUCGUAUUCGCCGCAAUUUAUGCGAGGAGAAAGGCCCGGAAACGAGACUUUUCCUCGGCCAAGCAUUGUCGCAAACUAUCUCGUCGUCAUCGAGUACCAGGAUCAUCUUGUAAAUUGAUACUUACCUCGGACGAUUUAUCAUUCGGUUCUGCAGUCCCAUCCGAAAGUAACAAAAAGGGAGGAAAGUCUCCGUUCAUCGGGUCGCUGCCAGCCGCCUUCCAAAGAUCCAGUUCUCAAGAGAAGGACAAGCCAGAUCUGCUCAAAGGUUCCUUCUCCAUCUCGGCCACCUUCAACAGGAACAAGGGCGGCGGAGGAGGAGGAGGAGGUGGUGGUGGUGGUGGAAAUAACAACAACGGGAAAACCAGUAGCGAUCUGAAUAAUGGAACUGCUCCUGGACCAGUUCCUCCCAAACAUACAGCGAGACAUAAAGGUGACAUUGUCUACCUUCAAAAAUUGCCAAAUUCUUCUCCAGACCCUUUUGAAGUCAAAGUGAAAGCCAUCCUGGUUCUGGAAACGGUUCACGGUUUGCGUCACGAAAAUUUGGUGACUUUGGUCGGGUGUUUUCUUGGAACUGUGGGUGGAUCUGGCGUCCCCAGGGGACCUGCCCUCGUGUGGGAGUACUGCACUCGGGGAUCCCUCCAUGACAUCAUUAAACAAAGCGAUAUCAAGUUGGAUUGGGCUUUCAAACUUUCCCUGUUAACAGAUUUAGUCCGGGGAAUGCGCUACCUCCACUCGAGCAUGGUCCGAGUCCAUGGAUUCUUGACCUCUCAUAAUUGCGUGAUUGAUGCCCGUUGGGUCCUAAAAAUUACGGACUAUGGACUUCCUGCUUUCUACUACACACAAGGACUCCCACUUCCCAAGCCAAGUGCUAAAGCCCUGCUCUGGACAGCGCCUGAGUUAUUGCGGGAUGAAGGACUUCGCAACCAAGGGACGCCUGCUGGAGAUGUCUACAGCUUCGCCAUCAUUGUGCAAGAGGUUCUCGUCCGAGGCGAGCCCUACUGCAUGCUCACACUCACGGCAGAAGAGAUCCUGGAGAAAGUGAAGCGUCCUCCACCCUUGAUUCGGCCCUCAGUUAGUAAAGGAGUCGCACCCCCGGAGGCGAUCAAUAUCAUGCGUCAGUGCUGGGCUGAACUUCCAGAUAUGCGACCCGACUUUAUGGUGAUUCAUGAUCUGUUUAAAACCCUUAACCAUGGAAGGAAAGCAAACAUUGUCGACACGAUGUUCCAAAUGUUGGAAAAGUAUUCCAACAACCUUGAGGAUUUGAUUCGAGAGAGGACCGAACAGUUGGAUCAGCUUCUGAAUCGAAUGUUGCCCAACACGGUGGCCGAAAAGUUGAAGCUGGGUUUGCCCGUGGAUCCAGAAGAGUUUUCCCAGGUGACGAUCUACUUUAGCGAUAUCGUCGGCUUCACCACUAUUUCCGCACACUCCACCCCGUUCGAAGUGGUUGACCUGCUGAAUGACCUUUACACCUGCUUUGACGCCACGAUCAACGACUACAACGUGUACAAGGUUGAGACGAUUGGGGACGCGUACAUGGUUGUUGGAGGGGUGCCCGUCCGCUCGCCAGAUCAUGCCGACCAAAUUGCGACGAUGGCGUUGGAUCUGCUGCAUCAAAGUGGACGUUUUAAAAUCCGGCAUUUGCCAUUUACUCAUUUAAGACUUCGGAUUGGGCUACAUACUGGUCCUUGCUGUGCUGGGGUAGUUGGACUUACGAUGCCAAGAUAUUGUUUAUUCGGCGACACGGUCAACACGGCUUCAAGGAUGGAAUCCACCGGUGCCCCGUGGAGAAUCCACAUUUCUUCGGAAACUAAAGCCAAAUUAGACGAGGCUGGUGGAUACAUGGUCGAGUCAAGAGGAAUGACUGACAUCAAGGGCAAGGGUCCCAUGCAAACGUAUUGGCUUUUGGGAAAGGAAGGAUUCGACAAAGCGCUACCCACGCCUCCAGGAUUAAAUGAAUGUCACCGCCUGGACGAGAGAGCCAUAAAGUAUGGGCGAACCGGAGUAUGGCCGGAUGACACGACGACCGAGAUGAUGGUGAAUAGUAAUAAGACCACGACGGUAACGACCACGACGAACCAGAAUUCUUCAUCGUCAUCUUCCUCCGUAGUAAAACUGCAGAGAGAGAGGAGUGGCAGUUUCAGCUGUAAAACGGGCAUGUCAUCCGCCUCCUCCCCGCAUCACUUGGCCCCUCCAAAGUCACCGUCAAGCUUUGCCAUGAGUGGUGGUGGUGGUGAAACGAUGCGGUCACUUUCUCCGGCCGAACAGAUCGCUCAUCAACUCUUAAACGGGCGUCCCACCACGAAAGGUCUGCGGCGCCAACUUUCCCUCGACCACAGGGCGAUGCCACUUCUCCUAAGGCAUACUCCCCCCGUAAUUUCAAAAGGUCCCAAGUCUCCCCUCCUCCGAAAGGCGCCAUCCUUCGAGGAAAACCUGGAAGCAAUCGUCCCUUCUCCGUCCAUCACUAAUCAGCAACCACCUCCUCCCACAAUUUGUAUCAGCACCAACACCCCGACUGCUUCCCCACCUCAGACAAGUAGCAGUAGCAGUAGUGGGAGUAAUAAAACUGGUAAAAUUCCCAGAGAAAGUUACAACGACAUUCGUCCAGCAGAUUUACCUCCAUCCCGGGAAGAAACACCUUCUCCAAGGCCAACACUUUUCUCCACUUCGUUAGCCACCGCGGACACCAACUAUUUUCUGAGCAAUGCGACUUGUACGAUUUCUUCGCCACCCAUUGUCGACCAGCGGAUCAAGUCUGGAGGACCAGUAAUCUCGUCGGACGGAAUUAGUUGCACUUCAGGUAGGGCAGAGGUCCAUGCUAAUCUUCUUUCAAAUUCCGAUCCGCCGCAAAAAAAGGAGGAUGAAAAUUUGCAAGUGGGGAAGACGACGACAUUGUGCCAAAAAAUCAAUACGUCGUCAUCACCAUCAUCAUCCCUCAACAAUUACGUGGUCGUUGAUGCCAUCACUCUCGCAGCGUCCAAAAGCAGUGGUGGAGUCACCGUGAAAGAUUUGAGUAUUGGAGAAAGUUCAAAUUUAGGAAACAGCACUAGAAUGACAAACAUUUCGAUGACGAUGAAUCCUUCCCGGGCAGCGAAAUUGGCCAAGAUCCUUUCCGUCGUGGAGGAAAGUGGUGGUGGUGGUGGAAACGGAAGUGGAGACAGUCCCACGUUGGAGAGAAAGUAUGAAAUUGUGACUAAUCAAGUGUGACCUAUUUUAUCAUCUCGACCGAAUUCUACGUUAGUUUGAGAAAUCACUAAAGUAAACCCUUUAGAAUUUAACAAAGCGGAUUGAGACUGACAAACACACAAAAUUUUAAUUGACUAGUCUUUUACCCACAAAAUUAACCAAAAAGUCUCAUCAUUUACAUACUUACAUUCCAAUCCUGUGAUGUCUACGUAGUUAGUUUGUCCUUCUUGUUUGCUUUUCUGUGAGUUAGAAAUUAAGCGAGAAAAGUGAUUUUCCACCACAAAAUCUCACCGAGUGAUGAUGAGCUUCAUUAAUUAAUAUAAAUACUCAAAAUAGUUGACAACUCUUACUUCAGUAUUUGCUUUGAACAAUACUUUAUAUUUAACUCCCUAUACUCUUCUUCUCUCGUGAUUCGUUACGAAACCUGUGUGAAAGUUAUCAUGUCAAAAGUGUGAUUUAUGUAUUGCUUAACGGUGUACCUGUCAGUAAAUGGAUAUUCGUACGUAUUAUGUAAGCAAGUGAUAAGUAAGUAAAGCAGCGGUAUGAAGUUAUUUCUGAGCGAAUGAUACAUAUUAUGAGAUGAGAUUGUUGUUAUGAAAUAUGAAUAAAUUCAGAUUACUUAUUUAUCGGAUCUUUAA